CCUUGCAUAUCGCCCCUUGCCAGCCAUGGAGAUCCCGGACUUCAUCAAGGUCUUGCUGCUCUUCACCGUUCGCGUUCUGUCCACCUCUUCCGUCCUGUUUGCUUCGUCCGUCUUUGUCACGACCCCUACUUCCGCCCCCGCAUCCGCCCCCGUCAUCUCGCAGUCGCAUGUCUCGUUCUCGAUAGAGCAGGAUCGAUGGGUCGAUUGGGUCGGGAGCGGGGCUCAAAACAAGAAUCAGUUCUUCUUCAACUUGUUGAACAAUCUGAAGAUGAUCACGGGAGAGCCUGCGAGGGUGCGGAUUGGUGCUGAUUCCGAGGACCACACCGACUUCAAUUCCGCUAUCCAGUUCUCGGAUGCGACUUUUCCACCUCCGAGUCAGGUCGUUCCAUAUCCAGAAGCUGCGCAAAUCGUAGUUGGGGACAAUUUCUAUCGUCUGGCGUCAUUGCUACCCGCAGGGACGCAGGUUAUAUGGGGCGUCAACCUCGGCAUGAACAACCUGAGCGCAGCAUACUUGGAAGCGACAGCACUCGCGCAGGCCUUUGCUUCGCCUGAGAUGCAGCAGGCAGGUGUGGCGCUAGAGGCAAUCGAGAUUGGGAAUGAGCCGGACUUGUAUUUGCGUCACGGCUUGCGCUGGUACUGGAAUCCUGCGGAAUAUGUCAAAGAGUGGACGGCUUUUGCGACUAACGUGUCACUAGCUGUGCGCAACGUUCUAGGAUUCACCGUUCCUUUCCUUGGGAUUUCGUGCGCCGAGUCUACGCACACCGACACUGGGUUUUCUCCACAAUCUAUGUUCAAGCAAGGCAUCCUCAACUCCGAUGCUGGAUCUCUCCUUACCACUGUCUCGCAACAUCAUUACAGCGGCUCCUUCUGCAGCGGCAGCAAUGGUAUUCUGCAGGAUCUCAUGACAAAGUCGAGCAUCCGCAGUAACCUUACUGUCUUUAGCACCGACAUCGCUGCUGUGCACGCUCAGGGUCUGGAUUACAUAUUGGGCGAAACGAACAGCUAUUCGUGCCAUGGUGCACCGGGAGUCAGCAAUACCGCUGGUGCGGCUCUUUGGGCGCUGGACUAUGCUCUGUUCGCGUCGCAGAUCGGUAUAUCGCGGGUGUAUUUCCAUCACGGCGUAGGGAACAAGUACAACUUUAUCCAACCAAUCACUCUCAAUCGCUCCAUCCUAGACGCACGCCCACUGCCUCGUCCGUUGCCGCCGCACAUCCAGCCCGCAUACUAUGCAGCAGUCAUCGCGGCGGAAGCUAUUGGUGAUUCUGGUGCAACGCAGGUUGUCGAACUGGACGUUGGAUCUGACCACGUGUCGGGCUACGCGUUUUAUGACGGCGGGGCUCUUGCGCGGGCAGUCCUCAUCAAUUUGCGCGCAUAUACCGGCAGCGCAGGGGAAAGGGGCUCCGUGAAUGUCGUCCUGAAAUUUGACGAUAUAGAUACGACGACGAAAAUGACGGUCAAGCGGCUGAAUAUUCCAUUGGCCAACGCCACGGCUGGUAUUACAUGGGGAGGACAGACAUACGAGACGGCGGAUGGGAGUGUUUCGGGCGAUCUCAGUGUGACGACAGUACCCGCCGGUCUGGGCGUCGAUGUAUUCGAUACUGAGGCGCUACUCUUGACCUUCCUGUAACACAAUCCCAAACUUCGCAUAUACCCUCGGAUACCCUUAGAGCUAGCAUUUAGAUAAACCCGGAUUCCCCCUACUUACUAUAGCCCAGCACCAUCUAGACGCGCAACGACCUUACGUGUAAUACUCUUUGGAGAUAAUUUAUGAAGUCGAUGAAGUCGAGCUUU